AUGGCAAACCAAACAGCUGCGAGUGGCAAGUCGCCAUUCGACAGCUACCAGACGUCUCUCACGACGCGGUACUGCAGCCCCGCCAUGUCCAAGCUUUUCAGCCAGCGAUCUCGGCACUCGACCUGGCGCAAGCUGUGGCUCGGCCUCGCAGAGAGCGAGAAGGAGCUUGGCAUCGAUACCGUUACCAAUGAGGCCCUGGAGCAGAUGAAGGCUCAUCUUGAGGUUACGGAUGAGGACUUUGAGGUUGCGCGUGUGGAGGAGAAGCGUCGGAGACAUGAUGUCAUGGCCCAUGUCCACGCUUUCGGCAAUGUUGCCCCUGCCGCAGCCGGCGUCAUCCACUACGGCGCAACGAGUUGCUUCGUAACCGACAACACGGAACUGAUCCUCAUGCGUGACGCUCUCCAACUCCUAGCCAAGAAGCUCGCCAAAGUCAUUUCCAAUCUCUCCUCCUUCGCCCUCAAAUGGAAAUCCGAGCCCACCCUCGCCUACACUCACCUCCAAGCCGCACAACUCAUCACCGUCGGCAAGCGAGCCGCCCAGUGGGCACAGGACCUGAUGCUCGACCUCCACAGCAUCGAGCAGGUCAUCAGCGAGCUCAAGUUCCGCGGCGCCCAGGGAACCACCGGCACGCAGGCGUCCUUCCUCGAGAUCUUCCAGGGCGACUCUGCCAAGUGCGACAAGCUGAACGACCUGCUGUGCGGCAAGUUUGGCUUCCCGGGGUGCUAUGACGUGUCUACGCAGACGUACACGCGCAAGGUGGACCUGAUUAUUGCGAAUGCCGUCGCGGGGAUUGGAUCGUCGGCGCAGAAGAUUACGGGUGAUAUUCGCCAUCUGGCGCACUGGAAGGAGAUUGAGGAGCCGUUUGACAGCUCGCAGAUUGGAUCGUCUGCCAUGGCUUAUAAGCGAAACCCAAUGCGUUCCGAGCGCGUCUACUCACUCUCCCGAGAACUUCUCAGCAAACCCAGCUCUUUCCAGGCCACACACGCCGAUCAAUGGAUGGAACGCACGCUCGACGACUCUGCCGUCCGCCGCAUCGACAUCCCAGAAACGAUGCUCCUCGCCGACGCCAUCCUGAUUGGUCUCGACAACAUCACCGACGGCCUGGUCGUGUACCCCAAGCGCAUCGCAGCACACGUCCAGUCCGAGCUGCCCUUCAUGGUCACCGAGACCAUCAUCAUGCGGCUAGUCGCGCACGGAGAGUCGCGACAGGAGGCGCACGAGCAGAUCCGCGUUCUGUCCCACGAGGCGGGGAGCGUGGUGAAGAACGAGGGCAAGCCGAAUGAUUUGGUGGAGCGCAUUCGAAACAAUGACUUUUUCAAGCCUAUCUGGGGGGAUCUGGAUGGCAUGCUCAAGGCUGAGCUGUAUACUGGUCGUAGUGCGGAGAUUGUGGACAAGUACUGCGGUCCUGGGGGGCCGGUUGAGAAGGCGAUGGCGCCGUAUGCGGAUUACAUUAAGGGUGUUGCGACUGCUGAGCUUGAUGUUUAG